CUUUCCUAAGCUCAAAAAACUCACAAAACCGCCAUUCCAUACUUCUCUUUGGAUCACACUUUUUUCUUUCUCUCUCUUCCUUUUUUUUGUCCUGCUUCAAGCUUUUUUUGUAUCGCAUUCCAAACUUAGCCCACAAAUUUUGACUCUUCUAUCUAACUCUUUGAUUCAGUGGAAUGCGAAUGAAGCUAAGAUGAACAGUUUCCAUUUCUGGGUCUUACUACUUUCUUUCUCUCUCCUUGCCUAGUGUCAUCAAGCAGGAGUUUUCAUGGCUGCAAAGCGCGUGUACCAAGUUUGGAAAGGAAGUAAUAAAUUCAUAUUUGGAGGGAGAUUGGCAUUUGGGCCUGAUGCCAGAUCCCUAAUCAUCACUUUUUCGCUGAUUAUUGUUCCAGUUAUCAUCUUUUGUGCAUUUGUAGCAAGGCAUCUUCGGCAUGAAUUUUCUUCAUAUUAUUCAGGAUAUGCCAUUUUAGUAGCAGCAAUUCUCUUUACUAUCCAUGUUCUGGUGCUCCUCAGUCUUACUUCCGCGCGCGAUCCAGGUAUUGUUCCAAGGAAUUCACAUCCACCAGAAGAAGAGUUUCGAUAUGAGUCUUCUGGGGUAGGCGGACAACAAACGCCAACCCUUCAGUUCCCAAGAACAAAAGAAGUAAUGGUCAAUGGCAUUACUGUAAAGGUGAAAUAUUGUGAAACUUGUAUGCUGUAUCGUCCUCCUCGUUGCUCGCAUUGCUCCAUAUGCAACAACUGUGUUGAGCGUUUCGAUCAUCAUUGCCCUUGGGUGGGCCAAUGCAUUGGACUGAGGAACUACCGAUACUUCUUUCUGUUUGUUUCUUCCGCAACGAUUCUGUGUGUCUAUGUGUUUUCUCUCUCGGCUUAUUACAUCAAGGUUCUGAUGGAUAAUGAUAACAAUGGUACAGUGUGGAAGGCGAUAAAAGACUCUCCUGCAUCCGUGAUAUUAAUGGCGUAUUGUUUCAUCUCUCUGUGGUUUGUUGGUGGACUAACUGGUUUUCAUUUGUACCUUAUAGGCUCAAACCAGACAACCUAUGAAAAUUUCCGGUAUAGAGCUGAUGGCAGGAUCAAUGUUUUUAAUCGAGGUUGUAUAAAUAAUUUUCUGGAAGUGUUUUGCACAGAAAUAAAGCCGUCAAGGAACAAUUUCAGGGCUUUUGUUCAAGAGGAGGGGCAAAGGCCGCUGACUCCGGUCUUUGCCCGGGGACAUGAACAAGGUGAUUUGAGUGGCGAUCGUCGUCCUAAAGUUGAACAUGAUCUAGAUAUCGGUGAAGAUCUAUUGAAGAUAUCACAGCGUAGGAACAUUGAAGAGCUCGACGAGGACAUUCGGAGUAGAGGGAGCAAUGGCGCGCCCCAUAUUACAGGUGAUCCUGAUUCCAUUUUGUCAUCAGAUCAUCGAGCUACCACAAUAAGAUCUGAUACUAGGCACUCUCGUUGGGAAAGAAGUGGAAGCUGGGAAAUUGCACAAGAUGACUUCGCCAAUUCAAAUGUCACAGAAAGCAGAAAUCAUGUCACAUCAAAGGAAAUGCGCCAAUGACGGGCAUGAUUACUCGAAUACUAAAGAUGGAAAAGAAAAUGCUCCUUGAUCAUAUUUUGAAUAGGAGGUGAAGUAGUUAAAAUAUUGGUAUAAAAACAUAGCUUAUCUUUUGUGAAGACAUGAAAAAUCUGUUAUUUGUAGAUGUUUAAGAGACAAAGUGUCUUGGUUAUGUUUCUCCCCCAUUUUUUAACUGUCUAAUAUGUGGAUCUCAUCUUUUACUUGGCUUUAUUCUUUAUGUAAAUAAUUAGCUGUGAUACUGAAAAAUCUUUGCUACAUAUAUUUCGUUUUAGGCACUGUAAAAACUGUAUUAUCUU